ACUGGAAGUGGUCGUGCCGGUGUAGUGCAGGCGCAAGCGCAAUAGGCGUAGAACCGUUUUAAUACAAGCACAGGAACUUGGAAAUAAGCAACAUUUGCACGGAUCUAUCAGACAGCACGAGAGACUUGCGAGUAGCGCCGUGGGUCAUGAGCACAGAGAUGUUUAAAACACCGAUGGAAGUGGCCGUGUACCAGCUGCACAACUUCUCCAUCUCGUUUUUCUCCUCGCUGCUCGGAGGGGACGUCGUGUCCGUGAAGCUGGACAACAGUGCCUCUGGUGCUAGCGUCGUCGCCAUCGACAACAAGAUAGAACAAGCAAUGGAUCUUGUUAAGGACCACCUGAUGUUUGCUGUAAGAGAAGAGGUGGAAACUCUCAAGGAGCAGAUCAAGGAGCUGGCUGAGAAAAACAACCAGUUGGAGCGUGAGAACAACCUGCUGAAGAACCUAGCCAGCCCUGAGCAGCUGAAGAAGUUCCAGUCCCGACUGCCUCCGGAGCUGGAGAGCCCGCUAGUAAUCCUGCCCUCAGAAAGCCCCCUGCAGAUGGCUGGAUGUGCUGUGUAAUUGACCUUCUUGGGGAAGGCAGAGCCAGUGAUAUCUGCAAGGACAAGGCAGAACUUCGGUCUUCAACCAAGUUGGUUCUACCAAUGGAAAUGAAGGCACAUUCUCUGACAGUGUCUUCUACGUAAUCAGACACAACCUUUUUCUUGGUACUGAGUGCCAAGAGUGUGCAGGUCUUCAAGUUGCAUUGGUGCUCUGCUAUGAGCUUGACACCUAUGAUCCCUCCUCCUAUGCUGUGGGGCUGGUGGAGCUUUCAUGCUGGGGCUGGCCCAGUGAGUUGAUCCAAGGUGUCGAGCUAGGUGGACGACAUCUGUUUUCAGAAGUGUUGCCAAUGCAUAAGAUUCACAAGUGAGAGGACUUCCGUCCAGACUGCUUUUUCUAGAAGAUUAUGGAGUUCUUAUUUCUGAAGAAGCUAUGUGGUAACUAACAAAUGGACACACUUCAUUACUGUUCUGUGUUUCUAGCAGUCUUGCCAGUGGUCUGAACUGCUGUAUAGUUAUGUAAAUAUAGCUAUAAUUGUUUAAUACAUACAGUAAUACAAUUUACUAAACCAUUUCAGACAAGGUGCAUUAAGUGCAUUAAUACGUGUAAGCGGAUAUUUAAAAUUGCUAUUGUGGUACUUAAUCUAACUUGUCCAAAAGGCUAAACUAAUGUGACUCUUCCAUCAAUAUAAUGGGAGUACUAUAAAUGUUGUCCUUACUGUGGAGGUGUAAACCCUUAGCUGGAUACCAAAACAUGUACCAUGUUUCUACACCAGCUUGUAGAACCCAUUUGGUUCUGUACUGGACAUUAAAUUGUUUUAUGUGUGGAUA